CGCCAUGCCGCACAAGAAGUCCGCCUCGGGGGUCCCGCCCAAGGGGAGGAAGCCCAAGCCGCCGCGGCGCGCCGACUCCGACGACGAGCCCUCCGACGAUGCGAAGAGACUUCCGCCGGGCGUGACGGAAGCGGAUGCGGAGUUGUUCAAUCAGGCGCGCGCUGCCUCAGGGGCGCUAGACGAGCUGCCGGUGGCCGUCGCGCCUCCCGCCGCCUCUUUAACGCCAGCUUCGUCCGUAACCCCGCUGCUGCCACCUUCGCUGCCCGCGCGUUGCCCAUCCGCCAUCGAGUUCGGCCAGUGGGAGAUCGAGACUUGGUACUCCAGUCCUUUCCCGCAGGAGUAUGCGAGGCUACCCAAAUUGUUUUUGUGCGAGUUCUGCCUCAAGUAUGCGAAGAGUCGGGCUGUGCUCAUCAGACAUCUUGACAAGUGCAUGUGGCGGCAUCCACCGGCCACUGAGAUAUACCGUUGCGGAGACAUAUCCGUCUUCGAGGUGGAUGGCAAUGCGAACAAGAUAUACUGUCAGAACCUCUGUCUUCUGGCAAAACUAUUCCUUGACCACAAAACGUUGUACUACGACGUGGAACCGUUCCUCUUUUAUGUGCUAACGAAGAAUGAUGCAAAGGGAUGCCAUCUAGUAGGAUAUUUCUCGAAAGAGAAACAUUGUCAGCAGAAAUACAACGUGUCUUGCAUUAUGACGAUGCCGCAGUACCAGAGACAGGGCUACGGGCGGUUUCUCAUCCAUUUUAGUUAUUUACUGUCAAAAGAAGAAGGGCAACCGGGUACACCAGAAAAGCCUUUAUCGGAUCUUGGAAGAGUAUCAUAUCAUGCUUAUUGGAAAUCUGUUAUCUUAGAAUUUCUUUAUGAUUAUAAAGAUAAACCUUUUACAUUUGAGGACAUAGCUCAUACAACGGGAAUGCAUAUGAAUGACAUAGCAGGCACGUUUCAAUUAUUAGGUUUUGUAAGAUAUCUUCCAAACAGUGAAUCAAUGAAAUUAGGACUUUGUAUAGACUGGAAAAAAGUUGAUAAUCAUAUGAAGAAGGUGAGAAGUCGGCCGCGGUUAGAAAUAGAUCCUGAAUGUCUAAGGUGGACUCCACUGUUAGCACCGACAGUGAAUCCGUUCAGAUCACCAGACGAGAAUUCUGGGGACCAGGAAACAGAAAAUGAGGAGAUGAAGACUGAGAGCGAAGAUACUGCGACAGAAGCCGAUAUUCCCGAGCCAAAACUUGAGACAAAGGCUGAGCCCAAGCUAGAGAAUCAAGAUGAGCCAGUGGAAGUCACAUCGUCAGGUAGGAGACGAACUAGACCGCUCAAAUACAGUGAAACGACAUACCAAACAACUUCUAUUGUGGACGGCAGAAAAAGAAAGCGAGAUGCUAGCAGAAAAAUUUCGGAAUCGAUUGAAGAUAAACCUGAGGAGACACCAAGAAGACAAAGAAGCGUCGCAAGGAGAGCCGCACUUCAGAAUGACAAUGAAGAAGUCAGGAGACCAAGUGUUAAAGAAACUAUGUAUGCUUCUGAUAGUCAAGAAAGUCAAGACAGCGCUGACAUGGCUGCCAUAACUCCUGUAAUAAUGACUAAAGGUAAAACAAAACGGAAACUUUUGUGGAAAGGAAGGAAACGUCAGAAAGUCCGUAAAGCUACUGUUAGAAGGAGUUCCCCAGCCGCUAAGAAACCCAAGUUGGACGAGAGUAAAAUCGAAAAUGAUUACAAAACAGAUGAUUCAAUGGACGACCCUGAAAAGGCUAACGCGUCUUUUAACGAAGGAGACAAUAAUUCGUCAAAGAAACCUGUUGCGAAACAGGAAGAGAAGGCUAAGAAUUCAGAAGCAAGUUCUGAAGAUUCCUCAGGAGAAGCUGAUGACGAGAUGGAUGUUGAAGAAGGCGAGGACAAGAGAAGCGUGUCUAGCAAGCCUGCCACGCCUCGACAUGUCGAAGAAAACAGUACAGACAAUCAUACUAGUGACAUGGAACUUGACAGUAUUCACAUGGAUUCUCCAAAGUCUGUGGCUGAAAAGAAUCAAGUUAUCAAUGAGACUGCAACAGACAAACCAGAAAAUCAUGAUAAUGUUGUAGAUGAUAAACCACAAGCCUCUGCUACCGAUGUAGAAACAACAGAAUCGACACCCAAGGAAACCGAGGAGAUGAAAUGUGAUACAAGGAAUGGCGAUUUAAAAGUACUUGAUGAUAAAGACACUAUCAUUAUCUCUGAAUCUGAUGACAACAACAGCCAGAGUUGCCCUCUGCCAUCACCUAAACAUAAUGCAGUGGCUCCGGCGGGCAAGAACAAUGAAAACAAACCCAAAGAAAUUGAUGAAAAUGAAAGUCCUUCUAAAGUCAUACCCGUAGUUUCUACAGAGAAUGCUCACAUAGUCCUCGAUCCCAAAGUUCAGGAGGAAGUGAAUACAGUUAAGUCGUCAGCUGAUCUUAUAGUACCCAGAAUAAAUCAGAUCGAAACGAUAGUUGUCGAAGGGGAGUCUGAUAACGCUAACUCUCCGCAAGUAAUAUCACCCAAGAAAAACGAUAAGUCUAUUAUUAAUGAUUCUACAAAACAAAAGACACCAGAUAAGGCGUACGCAGAAGUUAGUGAUCCAAAGAAAUCUGAGGUCAGGAAGGAAACUGUAAUACAACACCAAAAUGUUGAUGAUAAAGCUGCAGAGAAAAAAUCGCCAACUAAAAUUGAUACGUUAAUACAAAGUUUAGAACCCCAAAGAGAUAUGGCGAGCAAUGUUAAAAAACCUGAAAUGCCUAAAAUAGACACAUUCGAGGAAACGGAUCUUAGAAAUAGAACGCACACACCAAUUGUUAGCAAGGAAAGUGAUAUGCCUUAUAGAAAUGAUAAUCUGAACAUAAGAAAAGAUGAAAUUGUUAUUACGAGAAACGUUAUAGAACCUAACUUGCAAUCGUAUCAAACUCCUUCAUUGGCGCCUGUAGUGAAUUCAAUGACAAUACAGCAAAUAAAUCCAAGCCAUCAUUCAUUCAUGAAUCACAGAGUGAAUGUGAGCAAAGAAUCACAAGCAGUGCAGACCGAAAAGGUUCAGAAAACCAGUGAAACCAAUCGAGUUAUAAACAACAUACCUGAUAUACCAGUUAUUAACAAACCACCAGCUAAAUUAGAAGUUCCACAUCCUAUAUCAUCUCCAGUAAUUAACCCAGUAAUACCGAAAGUGCCUAAUGUGACAGACAUAAAUUUUUUACCGCGGUGUCAAAGUGCUAAUGCCGCUGUCAAUUUAGGAUUGGAAAGAACUGACUUGGAUCCGAGUUUCGUGAAUAGCAUCCAAAAUUCACUUGGCGGGUCAAUGCAUGUUGUUGCAAACCAAGGCCAAAACAACCAGGAGAAGAGUGACCCGAAUUCGAAACCUAGAGAAAAGAGCAAACUUCGUGACGUAAGAGUCAACUCAGCUCACAGUAAAUUGGAGAAACCGGAAAAGAAGCAAGGCAAAAAUGAUACUCCUCGGAGUACACCCGAACCGAAGAUGUUUUUUCCGGAACAAAACACCCAGACCAGUGGACGAAAACCUGAAACGUCAGUGCCUACUAAUGUAAUUAACACCACUGCUGUAACGAGCAAAGUAGAAACUAAAACUACUAAUGAAGCACCAAAAAAACAAGAUUUUUAUAAGAAGGAGAAAUCGAAUGCCGCCAAAUGCGAGUCAAAAAACGUAUCAGUUAAACACGACAAAACUUGCUCAUCACAGUUAAGUUUGAAACCUGAUCAAAACGACUUGAACAAAAUGAUACCCAAAUUCAAGUACGACAAUGAAUUGAUGCCUAAAGCUGACUACGCCAUGAAUCAAAUACCCAAUUACCACACAACACACGCGCAGUAUCAGUGGGCGCCGUGGGACCAUACUAGAAUACAGGGAAGUUGGGAAAAUAGGUUCUUGGAUAUGAAAAAUACGGACAAAAAUUACUUAGACAAAUUUACACAAGGUUUUAAUCUUCCUCAUCUGGAACAAAUGCAAAAGUCGCCUCAAAAGUUACAUCCUAAAUACGAUCAAAAAGAUUUCCAUAACAUCGCCUACGGCGCUUUGUCGGCAAGCGGCGCUCUCUAUGCCACCACCAGUCUCCCGCAUUUUAAGGAGACGAAAACUCCAACUUCCAAAUCUUCAGAUUGCUCCCAAAAGAACGAGUGCAAGCCCGCUAAACAAUCGAAGACGACGACGGCGUGUCAAACGCAGUGCGAGGGGAAGAAAUCUCAGGCUCAACAGCGGAACGAAGCGCAAAUGAAGCAGAUGCUGCAGCAGCAGGCGAACAGCAAGCAGCAGGAGGUGGCGACCAGCUGCGCCGAGUACCGGCAGCAGAGUCCGCAGGUGCUGACGUCGCCCGGCUGCAAGACGCCCUUCGGCCAGAACGGGCCGUGCGCGCAGGACAAGAGCGACAUCGAGAAGAAGGCGCGGCAGCACGCCAAGAAGGAGGACAAGGACGGCAAGGAGGAGAGCUGCGACGGCGCCGCCAUGAGCCCGGCGCUGCAGUCCAUGGGCGUGUACACGCCCGACUCGACCAGCAACUCGGUGCACUCGGUGCAGUACCCCGCGUGCGAGCUGGACGUGUCGCAGCUGGGCCUGGAGUCGCCCAGCAGCAUCGGCUCGGACCUGGCGUCGCCGUGCUCCAUGCUGCACAUGCCGCACCCUUCGCCCAGCCCGCACGCGCACCACUCGCACCACGCGCACGCGCAGUACUCGCACGCGCACGCGCUGCACCUGCCCGCCAUGGCCGGCCAGGGCCAGGGCCAGGGGCAGGCGCAGGGCCAGGGCCAGAGCCAGAGCCAGAGCCAGCCCAAGCAGCAGAAGAUCACCAACCGGAACAGGAACGCGACGCCCAACCCCGCGGCGGCGGACGGCAAGGGCGCCCUGCGCGGCGCCGCCACGCCCCCCGCACGCCACCGCGCUACGCCGCCCACGCACCAGUCGCACGGUACGUGUUCGCCCUUCUUCUCCGUCGGCGGUGCAGUGAUGCAAGGCGGGAGCGCAGGCGGCGGCGGCGGGUACCAGGGAGGCUACCUGUCGUUCCAGCAGCAGCAGCAAUAUCACGGCGUUGGUGUGGGCGUGGGUGCUGUGGGGGCGGGCUCGGGAUCGAGCUGGGCGCCCUCUUGCUCGUUAGCCAAGUUGCAGCAGAUGGCCGACGCGCCACAGCACCACCCGCCGCCGCAUACGCCGCCCGCACAGACCACGCAGUACGCUGCAGCGGCAGGUACGCCGCCGGCGCACUACCAUACGGCGCCCAAAUACUACGCCUCACCCAAUCAGCUCGACUCUCCGCGCAACGCGAGGAAUACACCCAGCAACUUAAGUCCGAUGCAACAUAUGCAAAUGGCAGCUCCAGGGUCUCGGAUGUCGCCCAACCUGAACUCGCACUCUAUCAUUAGCCAGUACGGCCUGAACGGAUACCGCGUUCCGCCGCAGCAACAGUUCAACAACCUGCCCGUCCAGAUGAUGAACGUCCAGCCUACAGUGCAGUACCCUAGCCCCGACCCGAGGGCCCAGCAGCCGAACGUUUAUGCCUACAGCUACAUCAACCCGCCACCUCCGCCCCUGACCAUGCAAACUUUGAACUCUACGAUGCGUCGGUAGCCAAAACCAAAAACACAGUGAUUGUGUGACAAAAAGUGUUAAGUGUAAGUGCAGUGACCCUUUUAACUUUAAAUUUGUGGAUUUAUACAGUGAAGUCAAGUGCCGGUUUGUUUUUAAAAUUGUACAAUAAUACUCACUUGACAUUCCAAAACUAAUUUAUUCAUUUUUGGGGCUAAAUUGGUUUUGAUCCUGACCUAGGCGUCCUCGACCAAAAACAAAGAGUGUAUCAUAUUCGCAGUGAUUAAGGCAUAGUACAAAUAAAAUUGCUUAAGUAUUAGAGUGUAUAUAACAAUUGAUAAUAACAUUGACACCACUUGAGUUGCCUUAGCCCUCCGCACCAUGUAUUACUCUUAUGCAAUAAUCUUAACAGUGGCAGCUUGUUGUUUUGUAUUAUAUAUUAGGUAACUGGUUUCUCAUUGGGGAAAAGCAGUACCCAUUAUAGAAGCUGAAUAAAGUACAAAAUUGCAGAUAAUGUAUUUAAAACUUUUAUAUAAUAAUGACUAUGUCAGUGAAAAGUCGCAUAAUUUUAGUGCAAUAAAUGUAUUACUCUGGUAGACUUUGCAUGUGUGAAAUUGGUGACACGUAACUGAUGCACUUGGUGAAAGCACUGUGAUAAUCUAAUGAUUGGGCAGUCGAUUGUAGUGUGCGCUUAAUUCAUAAUAAAUUAAUAUAUUCUUGAUUUCCAAAGAAAUAAGUGUAAGUCUUCGGUUAUGUAGACGUGAAGUGCAAUGUUUUUUGAACCACAUUAUUUCUGAUGUAAAGAUUUAUUUGGAGGUUUCACGUUUUAUAUGUAUAUCCUGUUGAAUUAAUUGUUUGAAACUCACAAUGUGUAAACAAUACAGUGGCUUGUACAGUGAACACAAUUUAAUAUAAUUUUAAUAUAAGUAUUAGUUUUGUCUAAUCUGUUCUUGGAAGUGCCUCUUCUCGUCCCGUCUGCUUACCCCGGUGUAAGAUAUUGUAAAUGCAUUGCUUACUAACACAAAUCUGUACAUAGAGUUGAUAUAAUUAGUUUUUUAUGAUAGCAUUUGAUUUGAUCAAUGUGAUAGUGUCGUAGCAGGAAUCUAAGGGCCACGGACACGUCGGCCUAAGCGAGGGUUAUUUUUAUAUUUUGUAUUCUUUUACACUGAUAGAAUUUAAGUUUUUUAUAACGAUAGUUUGUUUCUACGCUUCGCCCUAAGCAUUAUUUUGGUGUUAUCCCAGUAAUUUAUUGCCAAAUGUUAUUAACACUUGCGAUUACGUUUAGUUAGGUUAGAUGCGUUUAGUUGCGCACGCGUAGUGGUAAUGUUUAUGUUUUAACUCCGCACGUUUCCCUUAGGUUUUAACGGGCAUCUGUGUUAAGAGAUGGAGUGAUGCGCGUAGGGAAGUUGUGAGCGUGGAGCCUUGCGGCGACAGGACGCCAACGCCGACAAGUUAGAGGGUGCGCUGGCAGAACUAUCCAACCUUUGGGCCUAAAUAGACGACUGACUAUGUAUAACUGUUUCUGUCCAUGGACACGUACAACACCUGAAACCACUUCUUUAUGUCGUGGAUAAGUACGUCGUCCAGGAUAUCAAGACCCGUAUUAAUAAAUCCAUUUCAAGUGCAGGGUUGAUAUUCAGAUUUUAAUUGUUUUUAUUAAUAAAUAUUACUCAGUGCACAUUAAUGGUUACUCAUUGAUUACAUGUAUUUAGCAUUUACGCUAUACCUCAAGAUUGUUAUACAGUCUUAAUAAAGUGGAGAUGACUUCAUCAGAAUACUGGUGAUACCGACUUGAUACUCAAUACUGGACUUGAAAACUUUAUUAAUACGAGUUUUUUGUCUAUGAUGGCCUUUGUAGAUUGAGUGAGAAAGUUAUUUUGUAAUGUGUGGCACUUUUAUUUUAUAAUUAGCCUUUAUAUGUCUUUUGUAAGAUCUCGUUAGAAUUUGAGAAAAUUUGUGCAGUUUGGUAGCUUGUCUGGUUGUUUGGUCUGCCGGUGGCACCUUCACUCGAAUCAGUAAUUUAUUUGUAAGAUCUGCUCCUCUAAGGUUAUGGAUGUUAAUUGUUACUAAUGUGUAGAAUAUACAAUAUUGUAAAUACAAUAACAGUAAGAAACAUGUAGC